GCUGUAACAGUCUUGAAGUCAGCAUGGACAUGAAUUUGUCAGCGCGUUGUGCUUUGGUUCUUUUUCUGUUGGCAUUUGUAGAUUUGAAAAUAGUCUCUGCUACAGACAAGCCUGGAGUGUGCCCUCGAUGGGGCAUAGGGAUAUGUGUAGAGUCAUGUUCCAAUGACAGUGACUGCCCCAAUGAUGAAAAAUGCUGCUUCAAUGGAUGUGGUCAUGUCUGCAUUGCACCUUACACAGACAAGCCUGGAGUGUGCCCUCGUAGACGAUGGGGCAUGGGGAUGUGUGCAGAGUUAUGUUCCAAUGACAGUGACUGCCCCAAUGAUGAAAAAUGCUGCCACAAUGGAUGUGGGCAUGUCUGCAUUGCACCUUACACAGACAAGCCUGGAGUGUGCCCUCGUAGACGAUGGGGCAUGGGGAUAUGUGCAGAGUUAUGUUCCAAUGACAGUGACUGCCCCAAUGAUGAAAAAUGCUGCCACAAUGGAUGUGGGCAUGACUGCUUUGCACCUACACAGUGAAGCCCGGUCGCUGUGUCCUGCCCAAGGGGACCUACAUGUGUGCCGAGUACUGUUACAAAGAUGGCCAGUGCCCCGAGGAACAGAAGUGUUUCCGGAAAUGUUGAUUCUACGCCUGCAGUGAGCCAUUGAAGCUUUAUUGGAAAUUCUUAUUAGUUAUAAGAAAUAACUAGAAAAUUCUAAUUAUUACAUGUACAAUUAUGUCUAUGAAAACUGAUGACUUUAUGCAAUAAUAAAUAUGAAAAAUAAUCAUAGCUUUUAUGGAAACUGGACAAACUUCAUGGACGCUCUGUGAAUUGACAAACUCACGUGGAUUGCUGAAUUUGAAUAAAACCAGAUUU